AUGAGCUUUUCAGGAGACAAGUUGAUACCAAGGGAACAAUUAAGAUUGCCUGAUAGAUACACUCAUUUGACACCUAAUGCGUAUAUUCAAGAGCUGAUGAACUACAUUGAAAAGUAUCGACAAUGGACAACGCUGCAUAUUGUUGAUUUUUUGACGUUUGGUCAGUGGAAUAUUCUGGAUGAGGAGUGGAGAGAGGCGCUUUUACCGCCUGAUGGAUCGAUCAGUCAUGAAGACUGGAUAGACGCCAUCAUUAAGAUUACAUCGGGAUCAGAUGUGAAUGAAAAUUGGCCUGAAUCACUAAGAAGUUUCAUCAAAGAUACCAAAGACAUUGCAUUGCCCCGUAUGAAUGCUGCAGGAUCAGAACAAGUGAAAAGCAAGAUUGAGAAGCGUAUUCUAGCAGGCAUGGUGGAUAAAAAGAUCCAUGAGGUAGAACGCAUGACACCUGUCAUUCAAAAGAUAGCAAAAGAUCACCAAGUUCAUUCCAUUGUUGAUUUAGGGGCUGGACAAGGCUAUCUAUCCCGAUCCCUGGCAUUCAAAAGUAAUCUCAAAGUAUUAGCAGUGGAUUCUUCUGAAAUACAGACCUGUGGAGCCAAAAAAUUCGACCAAAAGGCUAUCAAAUUCCUGGAUAAGGAUGUGCUCAAGUUACACCAUGUCACUGAUUUCAUCACACCCGAGAACGCUUCCAGUAUACUGUCAAAAUGGAGUGACAAUGAUGAUGGCAAAGCACAAGACGAAAAAUGGCUGUUGACCGGCUUACAUACAUGCGGUGAUUUGGCAAGCAUGAUGCUGCGACUGUUCACAUCCAGCCCAGAGAUGAACUGCUUCGUCAAUGUGGGCUGUUGCUAUCACUUUUUGACCGAGAAAGACAAGGAAACGGACGAUACAGUCGGAUUUCCACUCAGUAGGACAGUGCGAGAUGCUGGUUUCAAGCUGGGCCCUACUGCUAGAAUGCUGUCGUGUCAGGCGCCUGCAAGAUGGGUAGAUCAGCAAGAAGAAACGUUGAUGGCAUAUGAGCACCAUUUCUUUAGAGCGUUGCUACAGCUCAUCAUGGUUGAAAAAGGCUUGACAGAUGCCUCAGUAGCUCCUGUCGUGGGUCGAUUGAACAAAAAGAAAGAUUUCACAUCAUUUCCUGUGUACAUCAAAGCAGCCUUGAAGCGACUGAAAUUUCCUGAAGAUACCAUCACAUCCCAAGAGGCAGAAGCUUACUAUCAAGAGUAUAAAGCAAAACAGGCCGAUAAGCAAAUCACUAUUUUGUGGACAUUGAGAGUUCUGUUGGGCCCGAUUUUGGAAAGCAUCAUUUUGGUGGAUCGAUUCCUGUAUUUGACUGAAACCAUUGAGGACAGCCCUACAAAAGGUGUUUGGUUAUGGCCCCUUUUUGACCCAGUUACUUCUCCCAGAAAUAUCGUGAUUGCAGCAACAAAAUAG